AUGUUGUUGUUGUCGUUGGUGUUGUUUUGGUCACAGUCAUCCUGCAUUGAUUCCCGCCCAACUACAUUGUCGACAUUCAGAUGUAUCACAAAUGGCAAUUUCACUCUUUUCAACUUUACUUCUGGCCAACUAAUACAGAACCAGGUGAGCCCAUUCGUCGUCGACCUCCUCCAAUGCUCCGGCAAUGAUUACAUGGUCAUGGUCCAAGGGCUUGGUACGGACAUGUCUAUAUCCAUCUUUAACGGUCAGACUGGAGAACUGACGACAAAGGCUAUGUUCAAUGAAGAGUUGGCAAACGAUGGUUUUAUCAUCUAUCAAGUCAACUCUGUAGACCUUGAAAGUGGACUGGCAUUGGCCACCUAUUGCGACAAUACCUCAGUGUCAAACCUCGCAAUCUUUGAUCUGAACAAUCAAUCAGUUGUGAACAUUCCAUUUAAAGGUAACAAAUGCAUGUUAUAUGCUUAUGGCCAAUAUGACAGUACAACUCAUUUGUACUAUCUGUAUGGAUACAAUGUGUCGAUCUUUACCGGCAUCCCAAUCUUCUCGUUGCCAAUAGGCAUAUACUCGUUGAAGACCAAGACAUUUGAAUACGUGGAGAUACCAUAUUACCUGGAUAUGAUCGGCGGCAGUGUUCAACAGCUCUAUAUGUAUCAGUCUACAUUGUAUGCCUGCAUCCAACAGGACAAACACAUUGAAAUUGGCGUACUGGACAUUAGCGCCAAGAAGUUCAAGAGAGUGUUUAAAGUGGAAACCAACACCAAUGCUCAGUUUGCGUUUGAUCAAUCCGGUUACAUUGUUUCAUUAGUUGUGAAUCAGAAAGACACUUCAAUUAUCUACCUAGUCUAUUCCACCGAUUUACAAACACAUCAAUCCACCAUGAACAUCUUUCCACAGUUUCCCUUCGACAUUGAGUCCCGCAUGCUGUGCGCUCAAUAA